AUGGACACGCCAUCGAGUAACGGGGUCCCCGUCGGAGGCCCCGUCGCGGAGGACAAUAUCAUCAACAGAAGGGGUGGCGAGUCCAUCUACCAGAGCUGUGUGAAUUUGAAACUUCGCCUGUCCGAGGUUCCAGGCUUUGAGCAUCAUUUGGACGAGAUGGAAGCUGAAGAGCGAGCUACUGCCGACCCAGUCGCCUCGUUAUGGAAUUGUCUCCGCGGCGGCUAUCCUCUCAUGACCAUCUUCAAUGUGUCGCAACCAAAUAAAAAGCUCGACAUUGAUCCAGAAAAGGUCCCGGAAGCAAAGAGACCCAAGGCUGCUACUUUCAAAUUUUUGCAAGCUUGUUUACAAGAUUUGGGCUUUCCGCAGCAGGAUUGUUUUUUAAUCACGGACCUUUACGGCGAUAACACGACGGGCUUUAUCAAGGUGAUCAAAAUGGUAAACCGUUUUCUAGAUAAGCUGGAGAUGGAGGGUCUACUCCGCCGGCCAUCUGCAGCAAUUGCCGGCGCGCAAGGAGGUCAAGAGGGUACUGUUAAGCUUACGAAACGCGAGCACAUCUUAAAGGAGCUACUUGUGACCGAACGUGAUUACGUUCAUCAUUUGCAAAACUUGCAGGCCUUAAAAAAGGAACUCGAUGAGACUGGCGCUCUGACUGGAGAUUCCAGCCAUCAGAUUUUCAUGAACUUGAACGAUUUACUCGACUCUGCGCAGCGUUUCCUCAUUCGAAUAGAGCAGCAUUAUGCACUGCCCGAGGAGCGCCAGGACUGGGGUCAUGUCUUCAUUGAAGCGCAGGACAUUCUGCGGAAAUAUGAGCCAUUUAUUGCCAAUCAAUUGCAAUGUGAUGAGGUUUGCCUUCGUGAAUGGGACAAGAUCAAAGCUGCUCCACGGUCAGUGGACUUACAGCAAAUGGUUGCAAUGCCUGCCACUCUCAACAGUUUUUUUGUCAAGCCAUUCCAACGACUCACUAAAUACCCUCUUAUGCUUUCGGAACUUCGCAAACAAAUUGAAGACGAGUCCUUGCAGCUCAAUAUAACGACAGCAAUCGACAUGAUACAAUCCGUCCUCGAUACUGCCAACGAUGCUAUUGAUGAGCAACACCUGAAAGCGGCAAUGCAUGAUUUGGCUCAGCGCGUCGAUGACUGGAAGGCUCUGAAAGUCGAUGGGUUCGGGGAUUUACUGCGAUUCGGCACCUUUACUGUUUUAAAGGGAGAUAGCAAUAAGGACUCUGAAAGAGAAUAUCAUAUAUAUUUGUUCCAGCGAAUUUUACUUUGUUGCAAAGAUAUCAAUCCCAACAAGCAGAAAACGAAACUCAUCGGUUCAAAGGAGAAGCCGUCGGCUAACCUCAAGGGCAAGCCACGCCUUCAGCUUAAGGGUCGGAUUUAUAUGGCAAACGUCACCGAUGUUGUGCUACUCCAGAAGCCAGGCUCCUAUCGCAUUCAAAUCUUCUGGAAAGGCGACCCUGGCGUUGUCGAUAACUUCAUUAUUCGUUACGUCAAUGAAGACAUCAUGAAGAAGUGGUAUAAAGACAUAAAUACGCAGCGGGAGUAUCAUGCUAGCCAGCGCAAUGUGCGACACACUGGCACGUCGGAUUCGGAAUUUACGUAUAUGCAGAAUAUGACGGGGAUGGUUAACCCUUACCAACAAGAAUAUGACGCGGAAGAGGACAGCCAGAUACAAUCGGCCUCUUUCUCGGAGUUUCCCGUUAGCAGAAAUGCGUCCAGCACCAGUCUUCGGACUAGAUCGGCGACGGGAGGCAGCAGUGGAUCGAUCGGUCUUCCUACUGCGCGACCACCUCCUCGAUUCCCCAUACCGGAUGUCCCGCCGUCAUUGCAUACGCAAUUGUCAAACGGCAGCCUGUCUCCCGGUGAACGAGUGAACGGCACAUCUUAUUUCUCUCCCGUGACCGAGACUCCCUCUACACGCUCUAGCUCACAGUCGGCAUAUAAUUAUACUCGCCAGAUGACGCCAACCAAUGCUUGGAGCGAAGAGUCAAACCGUUAUACAGCCCCGGCUUUAACUCGAGGAGUGUCAAGAGACGGGACCAACGGCAAUCCUUAUUUCAAUCCUCCCGGCAUGAAUGGUGCUGCCAAUGGCCGGGUACAGCGUCCAUCGUUGCCGCCGAUGUCAGGACAGGGCCAAGCAUCUAACCCGAUGUCACAGAGGAUGCGAUCUGCUAGCAGCCCGGACAUUCACAAUACGUCGCGGUAUAUGAACGGUCACUCGAUGCAGACGAUCGAAAAUGUCCCAGUUCCCCCCAUUCCGCCGCAACUUGCAAGCAUGCGAGCGCCGGUCAAUCGAAGCCAGAACAACUCACCGACGAACAAUGGUCUCCCCAUUCGAUCAGCUGCGCAAACACCCGUUGGAGGUCCGCGACAUAUGCAAAGUGGUAGCUACAAUGAUUCGUCUUAUUUCCCCCCGAUAGCUAACAGCCAGUCCUCUUUGCCCGAUCAUCCUCUCGCCAAUUCCGGUACCCUUGAUCAGGAUUUGCAAGCAUCUCAAGAUCCAAUUAUGCCAACUCAACUAAAGGCAAAGGUCAAUUUUGAUGAUAACUAUGUCACGCUUGUUAUUGCUAGCAAUAUUCUCUUCCGCUCCUUGACCGAUCGGGUUGAUGCCAAACUAGCUCGUUUCACGAAUCGGUCCAUAGGUAAUAGGUCUGUGAGGCUACGAUAUAAAGAUGAAGACGGCGAUUUCGUUACCAUCGACAGCGAUGAGGCAGUGCAGUUGGCAUUUAUGGAAUGGAGAGACCAACACCAGGACAGUCUCGCACAGGGUCAAGUGGGCGAGAUUCAGCUCUUCUGUCAAGCUGUUGAAAACUGA